AUGGCGACUAUCGGGGAUUUCGAUCCACUCAACUCCACCAUACCUGCGACCAAGAUCGAAGUGACGGUGUCCUGCAGAAACCUGUUAGACAUGGACACCUUCUCCAAAUCAGAUCCAGUGGUGGUGUUGUACGUGCAAGGGCUGGGGACUAAGGAGUGGAGAGAGUUUGGUCGAACAGAGGUGAUCGAUAACACGCUGAACCCUGACUUUGUGAGGAAGUUUGUCCUUGAUUACUUCUUUGAAGAGAAGCAGAACCUGCGCUUUGAUGUGUACAAUGUGGAUACCAGGAGCUCCAACCUCUCCAAACAUAAGGACUUCCUGGGUCAGAUGUUCUGUACGUUGGGGGAGAUAAUCGGCUCAACGGGCAGCAGGCUGGAGAGGACGCUCUCUGGGAUUCCAGGGAAGAAAUGUGGAACCAUCAUCUUCACAGCCGAGGAGCUCAGUAACUGUCGGGACAUAGCCACCAUGCAGCUCUGUGCCAACAAACUCGAUAAAAAGGAUUUCUUUGGCAAGUCUGACCCUUUUCUCGUCUUCUACAGGAGCAACGAGGACGGAACGUUCACCAUCUGCCACAAGACCGAAGUGAUCAAGAACAAUCUGAACCCUGUCUGGCAGCCGUUUACCCUCCCUGUACGAGCGCUGUGUAAUGGGGACUAUGACAGGACAGUCAAGAUCGACGUUUUUGACUGGGACAGAGACGGGAGUCAUGAUUUCAUCGGAGAGUUCACCACCAGCUACAGAGAAUUGUCCAAAGGCCAGAGCCAGUUCAACGUCUAUGAGGUUUUGAACCCUAAAAAGAAAGGAAAGAAGAAGAAAUAUGUCAACUCAGGAACGGUGACUCUGCUGUCCUUCAAAGUGGAGUCAGAAUGCACAUUUGUGGACUUCAUCAGAGGAGGGACGCAACUCAAUUUCACUGUGGCCAUAGACUUCACAGCAUCCAACGGUAACCCCUCUCAGCCCACGUCGCUACACUACAUGAGCCCGUACCAGAUGAAUGCCUAUGCCAUGGCUCUGAAAGCAGUGGGAGAGAUUAUCCAGGACUACGACAGCGACAAACUUUUUCCAGCGUACGGCUUUGGAGCUAAACUUCCCCCAGAUGGAAAGAUCUCCCACGCCUUCCCCCUGAACUCGAAUCAAGAAAAUCCCAACUGUGUUGGCAUCGAGGGUGUACUAGAGGCUUACUUUCAGAGUCUGCGGAGCGUUCAGCUCUACGGCCCGACAAACUUCGCUCCUGUCAUCAACCAGGUGGCUCGGUGUGCUGCAGAAGUGACGGAUGGGUCCCAGUACUUUGUGCUGCUGAUGAUCACAGACGGCGUCAUCUCAGACAUGGCUCAGACUAAAGAGUCAGUGGUUGAUGCUGCCUCCCUGCCCAUGUCUAUCAUCAUAGUAGGAGUCGGCCCUGCUGAGUUUGAUGCUAUGGAGGAGCUGGAUGGAGAUGAGGUCAGAGUUUCCUCAAGAGGACGCUUUGCAGAGAGAGACAUCGUCCAGUUUGUUCCUUUCCGGGAUUACAUCGACCGGUCAGGGAACCAGGUCCUCAGCAUGGCCCGACUGGCCAAAGAUGUCCUCGCAGAGAUCCCAGACCAGCUGCUGUCCUUCAUGAGGACCAGAGGAAUUGAACCACGGCCCCCUCUUCCUGCCACCUCUGACUCCCCCUCGAUGUCCUCCUCCACCACCACAACGACAACUCCUGCCUCAAAGUAGCCCAACAUGCACACCUGAAAUGGAGGCAGCCAGUGGAGAGGCUCGAUGGGUGGAGAUUUAGAUAAAAGGAGAUGUGUGUGUGUCUGUUUGUGUAUGUGUGUUGCAUGGUUACAGAGCUGGUUAAAAGGAACUGCAUUGUGACGACUGAAAACGACACCCACUAGGAGACGAUACGGCCUUCUAAGCAUUUGUGGGGACAGAUUCUCCAAUGAGAUCUUGGCUGGAAAUGUUUUUGAUUAAAAUUUAACUGCUCCGACUUCUGUCAGCACCUCUCAUUAUCCACCUUGUGUAGGUGCAGCACACAACUCUGUUAGUACCCACAAACUGAAUUUCAAUUCUAACAUUUCAAAUGAGUGACAAAGGAUUUUUUUUCCAACAGAACUUCGCCUGCAGCUCCAUCCCUCUCUCUUCACUAUAACUCUGUUUCAGUUCAUAGUGAAAAGAGCAUUUGAUAAAUUAAAAAUAAAUCCAAAAGUAGCCAGGCCGUUAAUUUUUACCAUUCGUGAUGAAAGACAGUACUAGGGGUGACGUCCUUUUCAUGUUUGUGUAAUCUCAGGGUAUUUUAAAGGCUUGACAGCAGAACAGGAAGUAUGAAAACAAAAAAAGCAGGACUAAUAUCCUGCCCUGGUUGUGAUGCCUAUGAGCCAACGGACUGGUUAUUGCUUCAUGAAAAUGUAUGCUGUAUAUUACCGUACAUUGAACAUGAAAUUCAAAUACUUUUUUAUGUGAAUGGCUGGUAACGACUCUACAUUUCAAGGCCAGCCUUCAGAGAUGGAGUUUCUGCAAGUCAAUCCCACUUGGACACAAAGGGAGGCAUUUCAAGCCCCCCCUGGAUGCAGGAUAUAUGUAAGGCCAUGAAAUUGGCUCAGGAUGGAGAACAGACCCUCCGCCACAGCUCGUCUAUUUCCUCCGGCCACAGCACGAUUUACCAAUAUCAGGAGAUUCAGACAAUUUCAGCCCAGAACGUAUAAUGUCUGUGUGGUUUUCGGCCCCCCCUCUUCCUCUAAAUUGUAACUCCUAUCAUUUGGGAUGAAUCAUUCAUAAGGUGGAGCCUCUGGUUGUCAGGAUGCUUUGUGCACGUACCUUUUUAAAAUGAAAAGAGCUGGUCAGUGCACAUUACACAGGCCAGGGUACUUUAUAUGUAGCAGAAUGCGUGAAAGCAUCUACGGUCACUU